AUGUCCAAUUCUAGCGUCCAGCCACCUGCGUAUCGUCCUGUCGCCCACGUUUCAAGUCCCGGUUCCAGAUUAGGAACUCGCCAUUGGUCUAAUCAGCUCUCCUCCCCCCCAGAGUCGACAACAGAGGUUAACACGACAACUACGAGGCCUUUACCAACCGGUGGUCGGCCGCGACACUCAUCCACGUCAUCUACCUCGUCCAUUGCCGACUCCGUCUCCUCAAUGCCUUACAGCAGUCCCGUCCUGGCCUCGCACAAGAAGCAGUCGCAUAACUACCUUACUCGACCAGCUCCGCCUACUUCGCACCCGACCACCAGCUUGGCCCCAGCAGACAACAACAACAACAACAGCACGCGCCGGACGCCGAAUAUCAUGGGCGACAUUCCUUUGCCCAUCACAUACACCCCCACCACUCACAGAAUCAGCAAGGCCAAGAAGGGGAAGCGGGUGCAUGCGUGCGAAUUCCCUGGCUGCAACAAGGUCUUCACAAGGGCCGAACACAGACGGCGUCACGAAUUGAACCACAACCCGGAAGCCUCGUUCCGAUGCACCUACGCAGGAUGCCGCAAAGCUUUCCACCGAUCUGAUCUGCUGGCGCGUCACAUGGAGAGACACGAAUUGGAUGCGCAGUCGGAGGGAGGCUCUGGACGGCACUGGAGACAACAGAGCAAGUCUUCAGUUACUUCCGCUCCUACGACGAUGGUGAGCCAGAUGCCACCAAUCGAGGCCACUUCGGCAUCGUACCCGUCAAGUCAAGCGUCCACUCCCAUGUCAUCGGCCAGCUCGGUGGUUGGGACUCCAGACCUGUCCGGCGACCUCUCUCUCUCGUGGAACGGAAUGGAGAUACCAUUGCAGCCGAGACCAACCGUCUUUGGCAGUCACAUCCGUGAUUCUGCGGACGACCUCUCCUUCUACUCAUCUCCAGACACUUGCGCGUCUCCGGCUUCGGAUACGACUGGCUUCGUGAUGCAACCCUCAUCCGCUCCCACGUCGGUGAUGGAGCCGUUUGCCAGUGGUGUCUUCCACCAAGACCUGACCGCAUCUCCCAUCCAAUUGCCCGCCACCACCUCGCGCGAGUGGGAUGGUCUUGAUGCAGUUUCGGCCCCGCCCAUGAUGCCUCUCUCUCUGGACGGCAGCGACAUGAUGCAGCCAGUAGAACCUCCAGUGCCAAUACCCCUCUCCAACCUGGAUGGGGAUGAGUGGUUUGCCUUGCGACGAGAACUUACUUCCGCCCCCGGAGUCGUUUCAGGAAACGACGGCAUGGAAAUCGUGGACACUGUGAAAUGGCAGGACUGCUUCGAAUGCUACUGGCAGCACUUCCACCCCCUGUUCCCCAUCGUCCAUCGUCCAACCUUCUUUGCGACCAAGCCUAGUCCCCUCCUGGCAGGUGCCAUGGUUGCGAUAGGCUCCCAGUACGAUACACGGCCGAAUGCAAAGGAAUACUCUCUCGCUCUUCUGGAGGCCUGUCUGAAACUGCUUUCAAAGAGGCCCCCCAUCACCAGCCGCUCCCGCGUGACCGAUAUUCAGGCGGUGUUCCUGCUGGAAUUUUUGUCUAAAUUUCGGUCGCGAAAAGCCGACGUCCAGGUCUCCCACCGUUUUCGGAGUCUGUACGGCAGCUUCAUGCAAGACCGGCACUGGGUGUCGCAAAAUCCUCUCGCGGUUUUGAAUACGCUACCCCGCCUUCCGAAUGCAGAUGCGCUGAAGAGGGCGCAAAAAUUCUGGGUUGAACAUGAAGCUAGGCGACGGGUCUUGCAAGCUGCGUUCAUUCUUGACAUUCAGCAGUCCGUGCUGUUUGGUCAACCCCCGGUCUUGUUGCAACCCAGUUCCGGGACAACCGGCGUCUGGGAACAAGGGUCACGGACGAUCGAUCUACCGUUCCCCUGCAGCUCGGAUCUGUGGGAGAGCAGGCAGGUCGAGGAUUGGCUGCGCCUCGCAAAAGCAUACUCCCCGGCAUCACUGGCCUCUGUAGCCGCUACAUUUGGCGAACCUACGGGGCUGAAGGCAGAACAGAUCGAUCCUUUCCAGUCUAUGUUGCUUCUUGCGUAUAACUUGUCGGGGCGUGCCCAGAGUCGUGACCUCGAGGGCUCACUCGCGAAGUUCGCGAACACCCUGGAGAAUGUGGCCGGUUCUCAACAAACCGGUGCACCCUUGCCAGCGUUGUCCUCGCCCCAUUCGCGCACGCUUUUCAGCCAUCAUGCGCUCCUGGCGGCUCGGUAUACGCCUGUUCAGGCUUUGUUGACGGUCAGUGGAGAGUCUUGGCUCUUCAACCGGAAGCUGCCUCAAGAAGGCGACUUUCGAGUUGCAAAGGACGUAUUACGGCAGUGGGUCUCGGAUACAGACGACGUGAAGAAAGCCGUCUGGCACGCCGUACGAGCAUUACAGUAUGUCGUGCUCGUUGACACGGCAGCACCGACGGGUUCGUGGAGCAGCUUCCAACCGAUGCCGCAGGGAACGGAGCCGUUGGGGAUGCUCCAAACGGAUUGGAGUCUUUACAUCUGUGCGUUGAUCUGCUGGGCUUAUGGGUUUGACGCGUCGUCGUCAGCAUCAGCGACACAUCAUGAAAGCAGCAGCAACACCGAGCUUGCACGUGCCUACGUCCAGGCGAUGGUGUCGAUCGCACCAACGUGGGAAGGCAUGUCUCGGGAGAGCAUUCCGGCCCGUGUGCGAUGUAACACCGUGCCGCUUCUUGGAGUUCCUGCGCAGUACUAG